AUGAUGUCUGCAGCUCGAGAAGAGAAGAUAACAGUUAUGGUGAGAUUGAGGCCCCUAAACAAGAAAGAGAUUGCUGCUAACGAAGCUACGGAUUGGGAAUGUAUCAAUGAUACUACCAUCUUGUACACAAACACCCUGCGCCAAGGCUUAAACAUUCCCUCUGCAUAUUCAUUUGAUAGAGUAUAUGGAGGUGAAUGUCCCACCAGAAAAGUUUAUCAGGAUGGAGCCAAGGAAAUUUCUCUAUCUGUUGUCAAAGGAGUCAAUUGUAGUAUAUUUGCAUAUGGCCAGACGAGUAGUGGAAAGACAUACACCAUGACUGGGAUUACUGAGUUUGCUGUGGCUGACAUUUUUGACUAUAUUUCUCAGCAUGAAGAAAGGGCCUUCUCCGUGAAGUUUUCAGCUAUAGAGAUAUACAAUGAGGCCAUUAGAGAUCUGCUUAACUCGGAUGGUACAUCCCUGAGGCUACAUGACGAUCCUGAGAAAGGGACAGUUGUUGAAAAUGCCACAGAGGAAACUCUGAGAGACUAUAACCAUCUCAAAGACCUUUUAUCUGUUUGUCAAGCGCAGCGUAAGAUUGGUGAAACCUCACUGAAUGAGAGAAGUUCCAGAUCUCAUCAAAUUAUCAAACUGACAGUUGAAAGCUGUGCUCGUGAGUUAUUAGGCAAAGAAAACUCCACCACCCUCAUGGCUAGUGUGAGUUUCAUAGAUCUGGCGGGAAGCGAGCGUGCGUCACAAGCUAUGUCAGCUGGUUCGAGGCUCAAGGAAGGCUGCCAUAUCAACAAAAGUUUGCUUGCUCUUGGAACUGUGAUCCGUAAACUUAGUAAGGGAAGACAAGGAGGGUACAUCAACUAUAGAGACUCCAAGCUCACAAGAAUCUUACAGCCAUGCUUGGCUGGUAAUGCAAGAACCGCCAUCAUCUGCACUCUGAGCCCCGCAAGGAGUCAUGUAGAGCUGACAAAGAACACUCUCUUGUUUGCUUGCUCUGCAAAAGAAGUUACCACAAAGGCGAGGAUCAAUGUUGUUAUGUCAGACAAGGCUAUGCUGAAGCAACUACAGUGUGAGCUUGCGAGGCUCCAGACCGAGCUGAGAAACGCUGCCUCUAACUGUGAUUGUGCAGUGAUGGUCAGGAAGAAAGAUGUUCUGAUACUAAAGAUGGAAAAGCAGAUUCAAGAGUUGAGAAAAGAGAGGGAUCUUGCUCUGUCCCGGCUUGAACACGUUGAGGCCUCAAAGUUGGAGGAUGGUUCAGUAUCAGACAGGAGUGCUUAUGUUCGGCUUCACUCUGAAGAUGAUGAUCUCAAAGAAAAGCUGCUUAGGCGUUUAGAAGAUCCAUCAGAUGAAUAUUACAGAGAAGUUGAGUGCAUUGAGAUUGAGGAAUCAGCCAAUGACAACCACAAAAAUAAGAGAGCAGAACCUAAACACGUUUUAGGCCGUAGUGAUGAUACUAAUAAUGGUGAAACGAGUGUAAGCCAAAACGUGAAGUUGAGAAGGCUGAACCACAUACAUACCUUGCCAGGCACGAGCACUCCCCAUGAAAGUGUGUUUUCUGAUUUAGAGAAUGGUUCUAUGUCUUCUUGUGGGAGCGGUUCCACAGGAGUCCAGAGUAUUCCAUUGGGAGAAGAGGGAAGUAUCACUAGCAUCAGUACUUUCUUUAAUGGGCUUAUGGAGGUGGCAGAGCGUCAAGGCCAGGUCUCGAGUGCUGAGGAUUCUGGUAUAAUGGGGAGGGACCUUGGUCAUGUGGACGAGGAUUUUGAGAGACAGAGGAAAGAGAUUUUAGUGUUAUGGGAAACCUGUAACGUCUCUUUGGUGCAUAGAACAUACUUCUACUUGCUCUUCACAGGAGAUGAUGAGGCUGAUUCUAUCUACAUUGGAGUUGAGCUAAGGAGACUUUUGUAUAUGAAAGAUCGUUUCUCUAAGAGACACCAUGCCUUGGAUGAAGGAGAAACCUUAACAUUGGCUUCAAGCCGGAAGGCGCUUCACAAGGAGAGAAAGAUGUUGAGCAAGCUUGUGAGGAAAAGGUUUUCAGAGGAAGAGAGGACAAGAAUCUAUCACAAGUUUGGAAUAUCGGUUAACACCAAACGCAGACGUUUACAACUUGUGAACGCGCUUUGGAGCAAUCCCAAGGACAUGAGUCAUGUUGCGGAAAGUGCAGAUGUUGUAGCAAAGCUUGUGAGCUUCACUGAACAAGGCAGAGUCAUGAAGGAGAUGUUUGGUCUGGCCUUCACGCCUCUUUCCUUCUUACAGCUUAGAGAUGGCAUAGACAAUAUUACAAAUGUACCAAGGAGAGGUGUACAGAAACAUUGGUAUGCGAUGCAAAAUGCAGAUCUAUGGGGUUCCCCAACGGAGGGGUGUGUCGAGUAUAUAGUUAUGGUGAUGCUUGUUGCUGCGAAUGCAGUUCUAAAGCAUACUAUUUACAUUGUCUCAUCCAAAGAGUAUUAA